UUUUACUUUAAAAAGGGACGCCAUAUUUGUUUGAGAARCUUGUCUAUUCAUAGCGUCGAAAUUACAUUUUUUAUCUCUUAGGAAUCUUGAUUUUUCACUGUUUAACAAAAUGAAUCGAAGUAAUAACAACGACUGCAGAGUUUAUGUUGGAAAUUUGCCUCAAGAUAUUCGCGAAAAAGACUUAGAAAAUAUCUUUUAUAAGUACGGUCACAUCGCUGAGAUCGACCUCAAGAACCGUCGUGGUGGACCACCUUUUGCAUUUGUUGAGUUUGAGGAUCCAAGAGAUGCAGAUGAUGCUGUAAGGGGUAAAGAUGGUUAUGAGUUUGAAGGAUUCCGAAUCAGGGUGGAGUUUCCUAGAGGUGGUAGAGGGGGAGGAAGURGUGGUGGUGGCGGCGGUGGGGGCAGGAGUGGAUUUUCUAGUCGAGGAAGGGGACCCCCACCACGCAGGUCAGACUUUCGGGUCCAUGUUUCUGGGCUUCCACCAACUGGAAGUUGGCAAGAUCUGAAAGACCACAUGAGGGAAGCUGGUGAUGUACUCUUCACAGAUGUAUUUAAGGAUGGAACAGGUGUGGUGGAGUAUGCUCGUUAUGAUGACAUGAAGUAUGCCUUAAAAAACUUGGAUGAUUCAAAAUUCAGGUCACAUGAGGGUGAGGUUUCAUAUGUUCGGGUAAAGAGCGACAACAUGUCCCGCAGCAAAUCAAGGAGUCGCUCACCAAGACGAUCACGCAGCAAAUCCAGAUCACCUUCAAGAUCUAAAUCAAAAAGUCCCACAAGAAGAAGAAUGAGAUCAUAUUCAARAUCUCCCAGAAGAUAACCAAAGGAUUGCUAAUCUAUUUGGUAAGGCAUGCUCAAGUGUCUUAGGACAAAGUUAAGACAAACAGGAGCUUGACUUGCUCCAUGAUCAGAAACGGAAAAGGAUCACCUUAACAAGGGAUUCAUAGGAGGGAGACAUUUGGAUCACAAACCCUGGAAUAUGGUAUGCAUAGGUCAUCUUACCUAUGUAGCCUUGAUUAAUAACUAGAAGUACUUAGGUCUAUGACUCUCAAUCAAUUUCUGUAACAAAUUUUGUAUCAUUGAUAGCCUCAUUUAGGCUAGUUUUAAUUCAUUAUGAUCUAUAGAUAUUUGCAAAACAAUAGAAUGAGAAGAUUAAGGUACUGAUAUAUUGGGCAAUUCAUUAUCCUUGCUAAGUUGKAGUACAUGAGAAAUGCAUAAAUAGUGAAGGGAAAUCACAUAACUCUAAAGUCCUUAUAAAAUUAUCCUAACAGCCUUUUUUGCUUUUUAAUGCAGCCUUAUUUUUCGUUAAGUUAUUACAUUCAAAUAAAUAAGUACUGGAGCACUAUAUAUUGCCCCUUAAGGAAGUUCUUUUCUACUGCACUUGGUUUUGAUAUUAUAAAGUUUUCUGUAUCUAUUCCAUUGUGGUUUAGAUUGUAAUUACUAAUAUAUAAGUCUUGCUCACCCUUGAUUGUUCCCCGUUUUGACGACUUCACUUAUCUUGUGCAGAUAAAGGAUUGCAUAAAUCAUUGGAAGGGAACAGGAUCAAUCAAUCAAUACUGUGAUGAUGGAUAUCCUAGGAUUUCUUUUUUUGGAUUUUAGCAAGUUGGAAAGGAUCGGUUUCAUUGGCGCUUGGCCAUGGUGAAUCCUUCUUGCCUACUUGAGUGGGAUAUAUCAGGAUUGAAGCAAACAAUCAGGAGGGAUUUCAUUAAAGGUGGUAUGAUUGAAAUUGGUUUCAAAGUCUGGAUUUUCUUUUUCUUAAAAUGAUGCCAUUAAAAAUGGAACAUACCACAUUUUAUUAACAAGAUACUUAUUAUAUAACUGCAAUGGUCUUUAUUACAGAAAUUUCAUAGCUCUUCAUUGAUUGUGCUGAGCUGUUUAUCAAAAGUGUUAGGAUCAUAGUUGUGUGAUAAAUUACUAGGAACCUUCUAGUAGUUUGUGUGAUAUUGAACUUUGCAGUUAGUGUGUGAUUGUAUGUUUUAUGCUAAUAACUUUUUUUGCAGCUUUAUAUAUAUYCAAUAAAAGAAUUCAAACUAUUA